ACCACGCGCGCAAUAUCCACAAUCAUGGACCUGAGCAGCUUAAAAGACCAAGUGACCAACCUCACCCUCUACGACCUCAAGGCGGGAUUCCGCAAGGCCCAAAAUGCCGUCAUGAACUACACCGAGAUGGAGGCCAAGGUGCGCGAGGCGACGAAUAACGAACCAUGGGGCGCUUCGUCGACGGCAUUACAAGAGAUCGCCAAUGGCACGUUCAACUACCAACUGCUGAAUGAGAUUAUGCCCAUGAUCUACAAGCGCUUUACAGAGAAGGCUUCGGAGGAAUGGCGACAGAUCUACAAGGCUUUGCAACUUCUCGAGUACCUGAUCAAGCACGGUUCCGAACGAGUGAUUGACGACGCGCGGUCUCACGUAUCGCUGCUCAAGAUGCUGCGCCAGUUCCAUUACAUUGACCAGAACGGCAAAGACCAAGGCAUCAACGUACGAAACCGCGCCAAGGAACUCGCCGAGCUUCUGAGUGAUGUUGACCGUAUUCGAACCGAGCGCAAGAAGGCCCGCGCGAACCGGAACAAGUUCGGUGGCGUCGAGGGCGGGGCGAUGGGCGGCUUCUCCGGCAGCGGAGGCUUCUCAGGAGGCAGUGGAGGCGGCAGAUAUGGCGGGUUUGGCAGUGAGUCGGCAGACUAUGGAGGCUACAGAGGGGAGGUUUAUGGCGACGGUGGCGGUUUUGGCGGCAACCAGAGCGGCUUCGCCGACACACAACAGCGACGAGAGCGGUUCGACGAGUACGACGAGUACGACGAGGGUGAGAGCGCGACUCCUGCACCGGCACGAAGAAAAGAACCCUCGGCAACCCGAAAAGAGGUCAAAAAAGAAGAACCAAAACCCAAAGCACCGGAGCCAGUGGUGGAUCUGCUCGCCUGGGACGAUGAGCCUGCGCCAGCCUCGACCGCAGCUGGAAAGAAGCCUGCUACGGCUGCACAUGACGACUUUGGAGACGACGAUGAUUUCGAUGACUUCCAGUCGGCAGCACCGGCGGCUCCAGCAGCCAAGCCAGCUUCGUCGGCGUUCAACAUGGCGCCUCCAGCAUCUACGUCUACCAUUACUUCCUCGACCCAGUUCGCCGCACCGCAGGCUCAGUCUGUCUCACAAAACAACAACCUGAACAACCUGUUUGCGACCGUCUCGCCACCACCCGCCGCCAACAGGAUGGGCGGACCCCCAUCUGUCGCUUCGCCCAUGGCCCAGCCACCGCAGCCGACUGGAUAUCAGGCAACAGGACCCAACUACUUCACCUCAGUACCUCAGCCUUCUCCUCAAUCGAGUUCCUCUACACCUUCUGCCAUGUCUGCCGGCGGGCGCAUUGGAGGAGCUGCCCCCAAGAAGGCUGGCGGCGACGCCUUCGCAUCCCUGCUUGCUACUGCCGCACCCAAGAAGGCUGCUACGCCCACACAAAAGGUCACCAUGGGCGAUCUAGCAAAGCAAAAGACGUCGCAAGGACUGUGGGGUGCUCCGGCAGCUCCGUCCGCCAGUACGCCUGCUACUCAGACACCGCAGUCAGGCUCCAACGCUGGUGGCGCCUUGGGUGAUUUGCUGGGAUGAGCGAUGCUGCAGCACCUAGUCCCCAUAAUGUAUGGCGUUGAGGGGUAAAAUGGGGUGUUGAGAUGGGUUGGUCAAGACGAUAGUGUAGCGCCCGAGAAUACAGCAAGACCGGAUGGGAUGUUGGUUGUGUUUGGCGUGCGCCGGUAAUGAGGUCUCCGCAAAUGCAACCAUGCUAUUGGCUGCCGUGCCGUG